GCAGACAUGCUUGGUAAACGAUGCAGACAUUUCUCUUCAGAUUGUUGUAAAGCCACAGGUUCGAGAAUGCGAAUACUACAAUAGUGGCUUAUGUUGGGGUUUGUAGGCACAUUUCUUGAUAUCUAAUUGAAAGACUAAAACAGCCACAUAGGCAGCCUAUUUAGACAUGGUUGAGCGAUCCAAUAUCCAAGAAAGUGCGUAAUGUCGUCGAAUAUCACUUUGAAAAGUGAAGACUCGAGUCCUUUGACGAAGAAGACGAAUCGUCUCCGCUGCUUUCAGGCAAAAGAGGCUCCGAGUCUGCAGCUCGUGACGAUAUUUCUCCGGGAGAAUGCGGUCCAACAGAAGACCAUGCAGGUUAUUCAACACAGCAUGGCCGGCUGGCAACUAAAACGACCAGCAAACCCAUCGUACUGUUCAUGACCCUCCCGACCUCCUCCCCAGAGUUCUCCUACCAGGCCAUCGUGUACCUGAUCGAAGCAGUGGGGCGCCGCUGGAGCGUUCGCAGCUCUUCCAGAGCGUGCAGAAGGAGUUGGAGGAGCAGGGUCACUGUCUCCCUGUUGAGAAGAUCCGCCGCAAGUGGAACAACUUGAUCGUCACCUAUAAGAGGGUCAAAUACAGAGGCAGGGAGACCGGCCAGGCCAGAACCUCCUGGGAGUACUUUGAGAUGAUGGAUGCCAUGCUUGGUGACACCUUCGGUGCCGAGACCACUAGCAGCCCUACCCUAGUAACCAGCAUCCCUAAGGUGAAUGUCGCCAUGGAAACCACCAAAACCGAGCAGAAGCCCCUUCUCCUUCCCCAUGGCAACCUCCUCACUGCCUGCACUCGGACACUCACCCUUGUCCCCUCCUCCCUCCCACUCCAUACACCAGUUCCCUCCACCCUCCCUCUCUACACCAUUGUCAGAUCCCCCCCCACCCCUGUCUGCUCCUCCCUCCCUCUACCAAACCCUUUGGACACACCCUCCCCCAGAAUAGCUAAUAACACAGACCCUGUACAGCCAAACCCCUCCCCUGCUCCGGUCGCACAGCCCCCUGCCGCCUGUCACAUCCCCUCCAACCUCAGCUGCGUGCACCUCCGCAGAAAGAAGCGCGGUCGCUUCUCCUGCUCCACCUCCAAGGGCUCCUCCAUUACCUCCCCUCUGGUCCAGCAGCAGAAGCGAGGAGAAGGCACCUCCCUGCUGCAGGAGUUCCUGAGGAGGCGGGAAGGGCAUGCCGAGGAGGAGCAGGUCUGUCGCAGCAGGGUAGAGGCCCAGGGGAGGAGGUACGAGAGGAGGGAGGUGUGCAUGGCAGAGUCCCUGGGAAGGAUGGCCACAGCUCUGGAGCUGCUCUCCUCCAAACAGGACACAGUCAUUGCCCUGCUGCAGAGACUGGCCGAGAGAGACGGGAAGUGACAGUCAUCGCCCUGCUGCAGGAUGCAACCAGUACCCCAGUGAUGGAGAGGGAUCUCCUUAGAAGAGGCACCUUCAGUGGUCCACAUGAGACAGACUGAAGAAACAGAUCCAUGAAUGAGGGGGUGGGAUAUCAGAUAACCAGAUACUGGUUUCACCUUUCGCUAAGAAAAACAGGAGGAGGGGGAAAGAUGCUGGAGCAUCAUGGGAUGUCUGAGGGCGUUUGUAGGGGCCUUAUUGGUAGUGGUGGGUCUGGGUGCUCUCUUUCUCUCGCUGCAGAAAGCACAUUUUGUAGUGAACUUUAAUAUUUAAAAACACAAAACAAUAUACCCUUUUCUGGAAAGGAUCACAUUUUAGAAGUUUAGAAUUCAGAACACAGACAGACGUAGCAGCUAGCCUGGAGAAUGAACAAGACUAUGAAAACAUGGUUUCCACUAGAUAGCACAGCCACAAAGUCAAAAUUGGUUUUCAUUAAAAAAUGUAUGAAAACCAAAAUGUGCUUUUUGGUCUUAAUUCAAGGUUAGGGUUAGCCAUAAAGUUAAGUGUUAGGCUUCCCGAGUGGCGCAGUGGUAUAAGGCAUUGCAUCACAAUGCUAGAGGCGUUACUACAGACCCUGGAUCGAUCCCGGGCUGUAUCACAACUGGCCAUGAUCGGGAAUCCCAUAGGGCAACAUAGAAUUGGUCCAGCGUCGUCUGGGUUAAGGGAGGGUUUUGCUGGU